AUGGAGGCUGAGGAGAUGGAGAGAAUACCAUAUGCUUUAGGUGUGAAAAGUCUUAUGUAUGCAAUGGUGUAUUGUAGGUCAGAUCUUACCCAUGCAAUCAGUCAGGGAGCUGUCAAGAUGCAUAGCGACAGUCAAAGUGUACUGUUGUUGGUUCAGAACUUUGUCUAUUAUGUAAGGAUCAAGCAUAUUGAUAUCAAAUAUCACCGGAUUAAAGAGCUAGUAGAAAAAGAUGAGGUGGAGCUGGUCAAAGUUCAUAUAAAGGAUAAUUCAGUUGAUGCACUUACGAAGACUCUUUCGAGGGACAACUUUCACAAGUGUAUAGUGCUGAUAGGCCUGAUGGAUAGAUCUAAUUUUACAAUAGCUUUAGAGUAUCAAAAUGAAGAUUGUAGACUCAAGUGUGGUGCUCUCAAGCCUCAAAUGGUCAAGAAAAAGACCAUGAUUUGA